CUAUUUCAUCUGACUGAACUCCUCACCAACAACAAAUCACCGGUAAGUCGGCAACUCUUAUUAACCUCGAUUUCUUCUCCUUCUUCUCAUCGCUCCCUAGAUUCGCUGAAUUCCGACGAUUUUCCGGCGAUCGGUAACUCAUCCACUCUUGAACGGUAAAAAGUUCUAUAGAGUAUAGAACAACUACAUUUUAUCAUCUUCCUCCAUUUCUAAGGUGAAAAAUCAUGGCUGUUAUACAUGUAUGAUUGAUCCUGUAUGCAUUUAUGUUGUAAACUUGAAAGAGGUAUUAUUGAAAAACAACCUAGUUUUCUAGAAAGAGAUGGGGGAUCAAAUGACGCAGAAAGAGUCGAGAAUUGAGGAGGAAGUGGGACGAGUGGUGGAGGACUCAAAGGAACUGCAAGAAGCAGCCUCUUCAUUGAUUUCAAGGUCAUCAAGGGAGGAGAAGGAACUUCGACAACGUUUGCUUUCCCUUGAUGCAUCCAUAUCAAGACUACAUUAUUCCCUUAGUUCUCUUACGUUUGAUGAUCGCAUGGAUCCCAUGCUAACAGAGAAGCUUGAGGAAGAAUUGAAUAAAGCAAAAUGCAUCCUUGUUGAUGGGCAAGCAUCAUCUUUUCUGCCUGGAAAAGCUGAGAGCCGAUUUUUAAAGAUGUUCCUUGGUCCUAUUAGUGUGCGGGCUACAAGGAAGGACGUGCAAUUGAAAGUGAAAGAGGAGUACAAUAGUUUAAAAGAUCGAACUGCCUACUUGUUUCUUCUUUUCCCAUCAAUACUACUGAUUCUUAGAUCUUGGAUGUGGGACGGAUGCUUGCCUGCUUUUCCGGUUCAGUUGUAUCAGGGUUGGCUUUUAUUCCUUUACACAGGUUUGGCUUUGAGAGAGAACAUCUUGAGAGUGAAUGGAAGUGAUAUUCGUCCAUGGUGGAUAUAUCAUCAUUACUCUGCAAUGGUGAUGGCCCUUGUGAGCCUUACUUGGGAAAUAAAAGGACAGCCUGAUUGUGCACAGAAACAGAGAGGGGUAAAACUUUUCUUACAUUGGGCCAUGAUGCAAGGAGUCGCAAUGUUAUUGCAAAACCGAUACCAACGGCAAAGGUUAUACACUCGCAUUGCCCUUGGAAAGGCAAAGAGGAUGGAUAUUGUGUGGGGAGAAACAGUUGGAGAAAGUGGCCAGCUUUGGCUGCUUUGCCCUUUACUGUUCAUUCUGCAGGGUUUUGAGGCAUAUGUUGGAUUUCUAUUGCUUCGAACAGCAUUUGUGGGAUAUGUAUCUGAAUGGCAGGUUGUUUUUUGUGGAAUUCUUUUGGUUUUGAUGGCAAUUGGGAACUUCGUAAACACGGUGCAAACUUUACUUAUCAAGUCGCGGUUUAAGGCAAAGAUGAAAAGGAGUAAAAGCAAGCAACAAUUAGAUUAGCAAUGACAUUUCGGACUUUCCUGGUAAUCUUUUCUUGUUCUGUUCAUUUGAUUAAUUACCCUUUUUCAUUUAUGCUUUCUCUCUUGUUGGCUAUACUCUUAUUUGGUUGGCACCAUAGAUGUGCUGAGUUAUGUAUUGAAUAUGUAUGUACACAUUGUUUUAGUAUAUUUCAUCCCAAAUGAGAGGGGGAAACCAAAAUAGAGAGUUUUUAUGAUUGUUUAGUUAUCACAAAUUUUGAACUAUUUAAUUCUGUUGAAGGAGAAUACAUGGAUGUAACUCUUAUCAAUUUAAUAAAUAGAUGGGUGUUUUCCUUAA